AUCUAGUUUCCGAGCGGUCUUCGAACGCACCGUCCCGGAUUUACCUGCGGCGAGGCUGCGUCAACGAACGCCGCCGACGCGCGUCGUUCGUCGGCUUGGAGGUGGCACGACGACCGGCGCCUGUCCAUGCACACGUCCGGUGCGUUCAGGUGACUCGAGCAAGCUGUCAGUUGCGUGAACAAACAAACGCUCAAGUCGCAUUUUGUGCGAGACACUCGUCAACGUGUACAAGGGAAAGUCCCGGAGAUGUUGAUGAAGUAAGAGGAGAAGGCUUCAGCUCGCUUUUCUUUCCCUUUUUUCCUCCUGCAACUUCAACUUGGUUUUCUGCCUUCCGACCUCAACUGCUGCAUUUCACCCCCCUCCCACCACCACCACAACCCCCCCAUGGCCCCCGGUUUCUAACCAGCAGCGCCAGUCGGCCUUGCUUCGCCCGUCGACGGCGGCGAGAAAGCCUCCCGGUGCCACGUGACCCACCCGAAUAUGAACCAGAGCGGCGGCUGCAAUGGCCUGCAGCGGCGCUCCCACUAAAGCCGAAACCCUGGAAGGCUUCCACGAGGUCAACCUGGCCUCGCCCACCACGCCCGACCUGCAGAACCAAGCGGAACAGCGCCCGCCCGCUUGCCACAGCACGCCGCCCACGUCCCUGUACCGCACGCACUCGCUGGGGGCGCCGCCCGCCGGCCUGCGGGCCGACCAGCUGCCCACGCGGCCCGUCUACUCGGCGCCGCCGCACGCGCACAAUGGCAGCGCGCAGGGCCCGGAGGCGGACCCGUCCGAGGGCAACUUCCUGGCGGGCGACGACGGCGAGGAGUGCGGCGCCCUCAGCGACAGCCUGGCGCGACUGCGGAGCCCCUCGGUCAUGGAGGUCCGCGAGAAAGGAUACGAGCGGCUCAAGGAGGAGCUGGCCAAGGCGCAGAGGGAGCUGCUGUUGAAGGAUGAGGAGUGUGAGAGGUUGUCGAAAGUGCGAGACCAGCUGGGCAUGGAGCUGGAGGAGCUGACCGCCAGCCUCUUCCAGGAGGCGCACAAGAUGGUGAGGGAGGCCAACGUCAAGCAGGCCAACGCCGAGAAGCAGCUGAAAGAAGCUCUGGGCAAGAUCGACGUCCUCCAGGCGGAGGUGCAGGCCCUGAAGACGCUGGUUCUGUCCUCGCCCACGUCCCCCGUGGGCGAGCUCCCCAACGUGGGCGCCGGGGGGAAGACGCCCUUCCGGAAGGGCCACAGCAGGAACAAGAGCACCUCCUCCGCCAUCCUGGGAACGCAGCCCGACCCGUCGGCCACGCAGCCCAUCGUCCGCGAGUGCCGAGAGGCGGACGCGCAGCUGUUCACGGAGUUCAAGGCCUGGAAGGAGGAGCCCACGCUGGACCGCAGCUGCUGCUUCCUGGAACGGGUUUACCGCGAGGACAUCUACCCGUGCCUCAGCUUCAGCAAGAGCGAGCUGGGUUCAUCCAUCCUGGAAUCCGUGGAGCAGAACACACUCAGCGUGGAGCCGGUGGGAUUCCAGCCGCUGCCCGUCGUCAAGGCCUCGGCCGUCGAGUGCGGCGGACCAAAGAAGUGCGCCCUGAGCGGACAGACCAAAACCUGCAAGCACAGAAUCAAGUUCGGGGACUCGUCCAACUACUACUUCGUGUCGCCGUACUGCCGAUACCGAAUCACGGCCGUGUGCAAUUUCUUCACGUACAUCCGUUACAUCCACCAGGGGUUGGUCAAGCAGCAGGACGAUGUUCUGGGAGGUGAUGCAGCUGCGCAGGGAGAUGUCCUUGGCCAAGCUGGGCUACUUCCAAGACAACCUGUGACUCGAGCGCUCGGGUUCGUCAGCGCAACAAAUUUCACACCUUUUGGAAAUCGGUCAAGUUUCCAAAUUGUCCAAGCGGCGGCCGUUUACAAGCGAUUUUCUUUGAGUUGGACGUUGCAAAAAAAAAAAAAAAAAAGUGUUUCUGGAACAUUCCUGGCCAAUUCGUGCGGCAAGUUAAGGUGGGGAAUUUUGGAAUUGAGGGGCGAUUUCACGGGAAGGCAGCAAAUGUAGGCAUGAAUAUGACCAAUUUGUUUUGUCAUAAUCCGUGCAAAAAAAAAUUCUCGCUCCCUUUUUUUUUUUUUUUUUUUUCCCCACAAGGUACUGCCGUACUCGCGUUUGAUCGGUCAGGAUUAUGUUCAAAUCUGUCUUCCCUCGACUACGUUGUUGUUUGUUUUUGUCAUCGUUAUUCUAUGAAGUCCUGUUGCGAAUUUCCAACCGAAAAUUCAAAUUACGAGCCCCGUUUUUAACUGCAUCGUGCAAGUUGUUGAAACCGAUAAUCUGGUUUUGCAGACAAUAUUAUUUAUCGUGUAUUUAUGACGAAGGAAAGUGAGCUCGAAGCCACCUCGCGCUCCACAAAAUAAAAUAUUAUAUUUUAGGGUGGCCAUUUCUUUCUUUUUUUUUUUUUUUUUGUGCACGUGUUGCGUUUUGUUCCUGUAAACGGGCCUCCUCUUCCCGUCGUCCAAAGUCAGCGUCACUCCUCUCCCACUUUGGUUUAGUGCCUUUUCUCUCACUCCCAAAUAAACAAAUGGAAAAAAUUCA